GUCCAGUCAUGUCAUCCACACUGUGACAGCACGAGUCUGUCGGUUGAUGUUCUUUAUUGUUCCUGUGUGGAAGCCGUGCAAAGAAUUGGGGGGACAAGAUUGCUGGAUUCUUGGGUGCACACUAUCUCUUUCGAGAUCUUUCUUCCAUCUUUCAUGUCGUUGUAAGGUCAGCUACAGAACUUAGUUCAAUUGAAGGACAUGGAGACGCAUUUGACUUUUGACAACAGGGGGAAACAGCUUGGUAUACUGGUGAAGGAAAGGCUGACCACAGACCAGAACUUGCAACUGAAGGUUGUCGGCGUUUUGAACACAGUAAAUGGCGGCUUAGAAUACUGUGCAAAGCUUCGGAAGUUCUUUGGAGUGCCAAAGCCCCGUGCAAGAGUAGCCAAUACACUGCCAAAGGACUACUUCCUGAAUCUCAAAAGAAAGGGUCAGGUGGGCCUGGGUGUGACUUACCUUUCAGGCACUGAUGACAUCCUCACGGGUGUGGUAGCACAAAAGCAGUUCUUCUUUGGGCAAACGCUGAAUCCGUUCUCUUUAAAAGUGAAGGCCCAGGCCGACUACAACACACAAACGCAGCAGGUCGAUGGUGUGGGGCGAGUGCAGCUGAGCAAAACAGUGUACAAUUUCACAGACAUGCAGGACCUGCGUUUGGUGCUGGGCUGCAAAGCCCACAUUGACCAGAAGGGCAAGAUCACGCCGACGCCAUACGGACGCCUGCAGGAGAAUAAUUGGUCCCUCUUCUUCAACUUCCAGGGCUAUUGGGGUGUGCGGUAUGACUUGUGAUCUCUCUGGCGAUAUUCCAAGCCUUGUGUUUGAGCCCUUGCUGUGAGCUGUGCAUUGCUCACAAGGACAACGGCAGUGCCGGCGCAUGCUAAAGAAAGGGCAUGCGCGUGCCCUGGUUUAACACAGUUUACACAUAGUUAACCAGCUUGUUGUCCUGUCGGUGAUACCUUCUCGCUGGGGAGAGGGUUCAGGUGGCCGACUAGAAUGGCUAAUGAAUGUGGUCAUACAUUUCGUGACUUCCAGCCUGGGACAGACAUUCAACAUGCAUCGUUGGAUGUACCUUUGAUCUUUGUGCAACACCAAGUGAUCAAAAUGUUUUUUGGCAAAGAAACAAGGCUUGAGCACGGACAAUUGAGUUGGUCAUCAGGCGUCACUGUCGUUGGAGAGACUCGUGGUUGUCACAGAGCUCCGACACAUGAAGUCAUGGUGAUGGAUGAUUUGAAAUCUUUGGGAUGUGCCACCCCUUGCUGGAUGCUAAGAAAUCCUGCUGAUGCUCCCUGUGGCCUGCACCGAGUUGAUGUCACUGUAGCUGCCAGCGGCCAGCAGCUGGGUUAAUGGAUUGCACUGAAGCUGGCCAGGCCCUCGUGCAGCAGACCGACGCAUUCCUGAGCUGCACAGGCUUAAGGUCACCACACAUGCACAUGUGUUGUACGGUACAAUAUAUGGUGGCCCACCGGGGGACAUCAAACAUUCUGGAAGGGAGCCGGAUGUCAUUGAUGACUGUAAUCUAUUUUUGACCC